AUGAACGGCGAAGGAUGGUUAUUUAUUCUAGCAGUUGUUGCCAAUGCUGUCAACUUAUUCUCGCAGGUGUUUUUCACCAUCAUGUAUUCCGAUUUGGAGUGCGACUACAUCAACCCUAUUGAGUUGUGUAAUAAGUUGAACCCAUGGUUCAUGCCGGAAGCUGGUUUGCAUGCGUUCAUCACCGCAUUGUUCUUGGUCAAUGGAUACUGGUUCUGCUUCUUGCUCAACUUGCCAUUGCUUGCAUACAAUGUCAACAAGUUUUACACAAAGAACCACUUGUUGGAUGCCACAGAGAUUUUCAGAACUUUGUCCAAGCACAAGAAGGAAAGUUUCCUCAAGUUGGGUUUCCAUUUGUUGAUGUUCUUCUUUUACUUGUACAGAAUGAUCAUGGCAUUGGUUAAUGACGAACAUUGA